UUUUAAAGCGCAAUGGAAUAGUCUAAUGUCAACACGGGAGAUCGAAUUAAUGAUAAUUCAUCUUCAGAAGAAAUUGAUCUAGAAUUAUAAGAUGAUGAAGUAAAAUAAAUGGUAAUAAAGUUUAGACAUAGGUCAAUUAGGAAUGCCCUCAGGAACAGUAAGUCUUGAGUCACUUAUUGGAAAUAGGAGAAUUCAUCGAUUAUUAAGAUUCAAAUACAAAUAAAUGGAUAACUAUGAAGAUUGUGGAUAUUUAAAACUCAAAUAUAAGGCUAUAAUCUCCUUACUCCUCAAAUACUUUCUGGAUACAAUUUUCAUAUGAAAUUAUUCGUAAGUAGUGGAUUCCCGGAGUCCCUCUAUAAAAUACAAGAGUCGAAGUCUAUAAUUCCAACAAGGGAUGGUUGAUUGGUAUAGUCGUACAGGUAGAAAAGGACUCAGUACUAAUCCAUCAUUAGGGCUAUAAGAGAAUAUACGAUCAGAAUUAUCCACUCAAGGACAUUCAUCCUCUCGGCUAGAACUCUAAUGAGCCUGGAAUAGGAAAAUUAUUAAAAUAACAGCCUUAAUCAAUUCUAAGAUUGUAGCAUCGAUUUAACCUUUAUCUACAAUUAUAAAAUCUAUUAUCCAUGCGUAAAAAAUAUAAGGAAAUGGAAACAUCCUUACAAUCUAUUUUGAGUGAGUAGGGAAUGCUUAUAAGAGAAGUAUCAGGUGAUGGUAAUUGUAUGUUUAGAGCCAUAAGCGAUCAAUUAUAUGGCAAUGAAAUUUAUCAUAAGGAAUUGCGUAAAUUUGCUAUGCAAUACAUUCUAUAAGAGAAGGACUAUUUCUAAGAUUAUAUAAUAAAUGGGAAUGUUGAAGAAUAUGUCGAAUACAAAUCAAAGGAUGGUGUCUGGGGAGACAAUAUAGAACUACAAGCCUUUCGAGAGCUCUAUGAUAUUCCUAUUGAAAUUUAUGUUUGCAGCAAGGAACCAUUAAAAACUGGAUUAGAAGCUAAUCCUUUUAAUAAAGAGUAAUAAUUUAUUAGUAUUUCUUAGGCCAAUUAGAUUAUCAUAUCAUGGGAGAUCUCAUUACAACUCAAUAAAAUUAAAGGACAAGCAACAUUCAGCCUUAUUAGGAAGUCUAGAAAUUAGUUAAUAUGAAAAACAAAUGUUCGAGAAAUUGCAAGAAUAGAAAAACAAGCAAAAUGCAAAUAAUAAUAAUAAUAGAUAUGGAUAAUAAUUGUCAAGAGCUUAAUUUGAGAACUGUAUUAGCAACGAAUUGGAUAUAAUUUUUAAUGAAUCUAAAAGAUUAUUCUAGGAUCAAUAAUUAAAAAAGUAAAUUUACUAACAUUUAUAUAGUGAGUAAACUGCCAUUAAGGAAUCUUUGUAAUAGCUCGAAUAUGAAGAAGAAGAGGAAUAACUCAUGGAUAUGGUAAUUAAGGAGAGUGUUCAAGAAGCUUAAUUUAACUAAUAAUAUCCUGAUUAAUAGUAAGAAAAAUAAACUUAAAAAUUAUAAUAAUAUUAAUAGCAAUAAUAAUAACAACAGCAAUAGUAAUAGUAAUAAUAAUAGUAAUAAUAAUAACAAUAAUAAUAAUAAUAGUAACCUAAUUUAGAAAGUGAAAUAUUAAGGAAGAUUAUGGAAUAAAGCAAAUAAGAGUAGGAAUAAUAAUUUAUAUAAUAAUUUGAAGAUACACAAUUUUAAAAUGCUUUGAAGGAAAGUGAAAAAACAAUUUAUGAAGACCCCAUGAAUAAUCCAGUUAUUGCGUAAGUUAUGGCAAUGGGGUUCUUUACACUGGAACAAGUGAUCGAAGGUUAUGCAAUUCAUAGGGAUGACCCAGAUAUGAUCAUUAAUUAUCUUUAUGAAAAUUUCUAAUGA